ACAUAAUCAUUUACAUGAAAACAAAAACAUUUCGAAAAUGUUUCUUGAUAAAUAAAUUUGAUUUUCUAUAACAGAUUUAGAUAAAAGUUUCAAGUUGACGCAGGAACCAGGCUCUUUUUUAUUUAAUUAUUGUACUCAGUGAAGUAGAUUUUUAAUUCUAUCAAUUCUGGGAAAACUGUCUUUAACGUCAAGUACUUCAAGCCGAUAUACAUCUCAUAUCUCCUCCGCUCGGAGAAAGCUCGGAGAAUAUCGAUAUUGAGUUUAGCUUCAGCAUCUCUCACAAAUGAUAGUUUCUUAGGCUACAGGUGGAACUGAAAGAUAGUACAGACGUGUUCACUGAAAAUGUCAGAGGUUGGACAAUUUUUUUCCUGGGAAAUUCGCUCAGCAAAUAUUUAGAAGAAACGUUACAUGUGGGACAUUGAAUCGAGUGUAACGUACUUCAGUUGUCUAAAAUGACAUCAAGAUUCAAACUGGCCCUUGUGCAGCUAUUUGUAGAAAGAUACAGAGAGAGAAAUCUUGCCCAAGCGGCCAAACUCGUCAGAGAGGCUGCGAAAAAUGGGGCCCGAGUUAUCGCACUUCCUGAGUAUUUCACUUGCUGGAUGGAUCCCGACUAUUUUUGGGAGUACAGGGAGCCUCCGAAUGGACCGUCGGCUCAGAUGUUAUCACAAGCAGCUAAGGAAAAUAAUGUGUAUCUGUUCGGUGGAACUUUUCCCGAAGUUAUUCCUGGCUCAAAUAAACUGUACAACACAUGCCAGAUAUACAACCCUCGUGGUGACCUCAUGGCACGGUUUAGAAAGUUACACCUGUUUGAUGUGGACCUGGGUCCCAGAAUGAAGAUAACCGAAUCGGAAUUAAACGAAGGGGGAGAUUCGCUUACAACGGUAGAUACUGAAUUUUGUAAAACUGGUUUUGGAGUCUGUAUAGACUUGAGAUAUCCUGAAAUAGCACGCUUGUACGGCAAAAAGGGCUGUCAUUUACUCACGUAUAUGGGCGGGUUUAGCAUGAAGACUGGCCCUGACCACUGGGAGAUCUUACAGAGGGUCCGAGCAGUGGAUAACCAAAUGUUUGUGGCUAGCGUAGGACCGGCAACUAACACUGAAUCACCUUACGUUACGUAUGGACACAGUGCAGUCGCAGACCCUUGGGGUAACAUAAUUGCCAAAACUGGAGCUGAUGAGGACAUAGUCUACGCCGAUAUCGAUCUGGACCUGAUCAAAGAGAUUCGCCGAAAGAUGCCGUUAGACAAUAUCCGCAGGAAUGAUCUUUAUGACGUGGAGAACUUGAUGGAAAAGCAAAGCUGAGUAUCCAGUAUAUGGAUAUACGAGCUAAAAAUCAAAAAAAGGAUUAAAAAUCCCCUGGUAGAAGCGGUCGCCGCUGAAGAAAAUGCAUUUUUCCAAAAGACGUAUUCAAAAGCCUGGCAAUCUUUAAUGAAAUUUUCUAUAUUCUCUAUAAAAAUACAUUCUGAAGCUUGGAAUUGGAACGCCAUGAAUUUUUAUAUGUUAUAUAUUAGUGUAAUCUUUCAAAUGAUAGGAUUUUCCUCUGGAAUAACAAGCUGAUAUGAAGUACCCCUGUGUCAGUUGAUUGUCACGAACUUUGUCACGACUUAAUAGACUGUAAUAGAUUUUGUCAAGCUUUGAUCACGGUGCUUGUUGUCUACGUAAGAUAUAUAUUGUGUUAUUUGCACUUCUAUAUGAAUAUUAAAUACAUGUCUUAUAUAUUGUGUAUAAACAUUUUUAUUUUGUAUAAUGUGUACAAUGUUCAUGUAAAUAAAAUAACGUAUUUUAUCUC